GAAAAGUCGGAAUGAUGCUAGAGUUCACCAUUUUCAAAGCAGACCACUAUUCCGGAAAUGAGCUGAGAGUUGUCCGCCCCUUCAUAAGAGUUAGCUUUCCUUACUUGACCUACUUUCAGCAGACAUGGACGGAAAGGUUGCUUUGGUGACGGGAUCAACAACGGGCAUUGGUCUAGGAAUAGCCAAUCAUCUUGCAGAGAAAGGCUGUUCGAUCAUUUUGACUGGUUUAGGCAGCCAAGAGCUCAUCAAUUCCAUUCUUGAGGAUUUCAAAAAAUACAAAGGCCGAGUUGAUUAUGUUCCCGCUGAUCUCAUCGACCCUGUAUCUAUAGCAACAUUCUGUGACAAGGUUUGCGAUAUACACCCAGACGGAGUUGAUAUCCUCGUCAACAACGCAGGUAUUCAGUAUGUCAGAGCUGUAGAAGACUACCCCUUGGAGAAGUGGAACGAGAUGAUCGCAAUCACCAUGACGGCGCCCUUCCUCCUCACUAAACACUUCCUCUCGCGGAUGAAACAGAAAGGCUGGGGUCGCAUCAUCAACAUGUCGUCACAGAUGGCGGUGAUCAGUACCCAGGGCAAAGCUCCCUACUCCGCAGCUAAAGCCGGCCUCGUCGGCUUCACCAAGGGCGUGGCGCUUGAGGCGGCUGAAUACGGCGUGACGUGCAACGCCAUAUGCCCUGGGUUCGUUGACGCUCCAAUGGCUAUUCGGCAGAUGGAUGAUUUGUCCAGGGAAAAGGGGAUCAGUUUCCAGGCUGCGAGGGAACAUUUCACCAACGCGCAUCCAACUAAGAAAGCUGUUACUGUGGCCGAGGUAUGCGGUCUUGUGGAUUUCCUGUGCACAUCGUCAGCAGACAACAUGACAGCAUCCGCCAUCUUGAUGGACGGCGGAAACGUUGCUCACUAGCACAAUGUCUCGCGAGACAAGAAAAGUAAAACUAAUCCAAUGAAGUAAACAGAUUCAAUUGACAAAUAACCUUAAUUCACGUAUCACUUUCUCGUGAUUUAGGGUCACGGGUGACCCAGUCGUUUAAGGGAUUGGUUAUUUGAGCACAGUCUCAUCCAGAAAAUCCGAGGAAAAAAUAAUUUUGUCUGAGGUUAUACACACCAUAAAUGUCCUAUGGGUGACUUAAGAUAAAAUGCAAUGUGGAAUCCAAAUAAUAUUGGUUGCCGCUUUCAAAGAAACGAUGUAUGCCUGGAUGCUACUCAAAGGACGAGGUAUGAAAUGGACUUUUUCUGAUAGUGGCAAAUGUGAUUUGUUUCUUCAAUAAAUUUCUGAAUAUUCGAUUCACAUAAAAUGAAA